AGUUGUGAGGUGACGUGAGGCGCAGACGCAGAGUCCGUGAAUGUGUUUAAGGAUGUCUCCGGCAGCGUCGUUUGGUGAACGAUGGGCCCGCGACAACCUGGACCGAGAGGCUUCAAUGGAAGAAAUUCAGACCCUCAACUUAUUCCCUGCCACCUGCGGGGGUGAUGUGGCAGAAGCCGCCAAGAGAGCCAGGAAGUAUUACGCAGCGCGAGGUUCAAGCGGUUUGACGGAGUUGUGGCAUAAGAGUUAUCCGGACGAUGAAGAUAUUUUGUCUAGCUGUCAAGAUGCUUACAUAGUACCACUACGUUCGAGAAGCGUGGGUGGACGGCGCAUGACACUGGUCCGCCUUCCAGCGCCCACGGCGUUAGACCGGCCUCUGUGUGCGAGAGCCUUCCUCUCUAGAUGGCUCAUGAUAUUGGAUAUAAGAUUACGUGAAGACCCAACGCCCGGUGAAGAAGUUGUCUUCAUAGAUGUUUGCGACUUACAACCUUCUCAUCUUAAGAACCACUUUAGAGGCUCCUACUGGAAAGACUUCGUAUGGUGUAUGAAGUCAGUCUACCCAGUCCGGUUCUCAGAAGUGCACAUAAUCAACACACACCGCCUGAAGACCAUGUCACUGCUUCUCUUGCACAUCGGCCUGUAUCCAUGGCGACGCAAGAUCGUGCACCUGCAUACCAACGGAGAGCAGAUCAACAAUGCUAUGGCGGUCGACCACUUCCCUAUCGAGGGCCUGCCGUAUGAGUACGGUGGGAAAGCUGGGGCUAUGAAGGAUCUCAAUGAUGAAUGGACAAAGAAACUCUUACUCAACUCAAAAUGGCUGCAGAUGGAAAACCGGAAGUUCUACCAAACAGAACUGAUACCACAGAUCAAGCAACGCACGCGACACAAGAGCGCUGUACGGAACCUCUACAACACAAACGGGUCUUACGACAUGCUCCCACGCACAAACUCUUGCAGGUCCCUUUAUAAGAAAGAGGAUCCAGAAGAAGGGGCCCACGGUGCUUAUAGGACUUUGAAAGUUACAGAUAGACAUUUCUAUGUGUGAGCGUCUAAUUGACAGUUGUACAUUCUUUGACCAAUGUCCAUUGGCAAGUAACUUCGCAAUUUCUUGCAUUUUUGCAUUGUGUGAAUACUUACAGCUAACCCAACUUCUGCAAGUUUUGUAUAUCUUGCAGAGAUUGAUAUUGACAUGACAAUAGGUAACAGCGAUUUCUGCAAGAAAACUUGCCAGUGAAUAUGGGAUAGGCCCUUUGGCUGCCUUCAAAUUGAAGCACUGUUAGCGUCAGGUAAAAACGCUUCUGGAUUCUGGAUGACAGUGGGGGAACACAAACUAGGACUUUAAGUCCGUGGGUGGGGAAGAUGGCUGUGUCUAUGAAUAUGGUUGACUGUACCUAGUCUCAUUAUUAAGACUCUCAUACAUCCCCCUGACUAAACAGUUGACCAUAUUCUUAGUUCGCUGAUGUACCAGUACAUGACGGCAGAAAUAAAUAAUAAGUCACCCACUGAGCAGGUUCUUCAUAUUUGAAAAAUGAUAAAAAGUGCAUACAUAGCAUCAAAUUGAAGACAGCCUUUGAUACUCGUAAAUAUUAUAAGAACGCCUGAAGUUCCUAAAAUCCUAACCAGUGAUGUUUUGUACAUUUUGUAGUAAAAUGAUGUGUUCAAAUAAUCUUGUGUUCAAUCUCAUAAAUAUAAAUUUAUUUUCUUAAAGGUUUCUAACAUACAGAACUACUCUGUUCCAUACGUAUAUUGUCUAAUAAUUCCUUUGAUCAUUGUAGUACAGGAUCGAAGCCUUGAUUAUUCUGUCUAUCUUGUCAUCUUCUUCAUUGUAUACUUUGUUCUGUUUUUAUUGUUGAAA